GAGCCCCUCUCCGCGCCAUAAAAAAAAUGUGCUAUCAUCAGCUUUAUUGAGAUAUGGCCGGUUGGUGACAAAUGUCCUAAUUUCUCGGCACAUCCACGGACAGCUGCGAAGCCGGGGCCUUUCAGGAUCUAUUGGGUAGUGACCAGGUGUAGUUAGCUCAGGUAAACUCAGAAAGUGAGUUUGGGCUGGGACUCUAAUAGUCUGCAUUUAAGAGUUUUAGAGGAUCAUUAUUUGUAAAAUGAAUCCAAUUCCCUCAAACCUCAAAUCUGAGGCCAAGAAAGCUGCAAAAAUUCUGAGAGAGUUUACUGAAAUAAGUUCAAGAAAUGGACCAGACGUAAUCAUACCAGCUCACGUGAUAGCUAAAGCACAAGGACUUGCAAUCAUCUCGGUGAUUAAAGCUGGAUUUUUAGUAACUGCUCGUGGAGGCAGUGGAAUUGUAUUGAGUCGCCUGCCAGAUGGAAGGUGGUCUGCUCCUUCAGCAAUUGGCAUUGCUGGACUUGGUGGGGGUUUUGAGAUUGGAAUUGAGGUAUCCGAUUUGGUGAUAAUCCUGAAUCAGAAGCGUGCAGUUGAUGCUUUUGCAAAAGGGGGAAAUCUCACAUUAGGUGGAAAUUUUACAGUCGCAAUUGGGCCCAUUGGCAGAAACUUAGAGGGAGAUGUUGCUGUUAGAAGUUCAGCUGCUGUCUACACCUACUGCAAGUCACGUGGGUUGUUUGCUGGAAUAUCAUUAGAAGGAUCUUAUUUGAUUGAAAGAAAAGAGACCAAUCGCAAGUUUUACUGCGAAGACAUCCGAGCAUGUGCAAUUUUGUAUGGCGAUGUUGAGCCUCCAGCUGUGGCCCAUGAGUUGUAUGAUGUACUGGAUACAUUUAAUGAGCAAUACCAGAAGGAAGAACAACGUGGAAAUAAGAAAAAAGUAAUAAGAGCACAAACAAAGGCCAAAGAAUCACAAAAGUCCUCACCCAGACCACAACGUAUGCAGCCAUCCGUGAAUGGAGGAUUAAGAGACAAUCCAUGGGAAAUGCCUUCAACUGUGACAGCAAUGCACUCGUUUGAGGGACAAGCACCAGGUGACCUGAGCUUCCGUGCAGGUGAUAAAAUCACUGUAACAUCCCGAACUAAUUCUCAGUUUGACUGGUGGGAAGGAAAACUCCAUGGAAAUGUUGGCAUUUUCCCAGCUAACUAUGUAUCUGUUUCCCAAGAUUACUGAUUGUUAAUCACACAUUUAGCAUUGCCAAAUGUUGUCCUUUGAUUUGUUACAAUAUGAAGACAAUAAGCCUUAUAUGAACAAAUUUGGUCUUUAAAUAUACAUAAUAAAAUAAAUACCUGAUUAAUAUGCAAAGCUGCAACAACAUUUUUCUAUUCAUAAACCAAAGGUACUGAACCCAGAAUGUUCACUGUUACACAACUGCCAAGAUUUGCUUGUGCACCAUCGACACUUUUAUUAUUCAGAUAUCUAUUUUCUAGAACAUAUUUUAUGUAGAUUUUACAAUAAAAAAUGAUACUUUGAGGGUGUUGCAGUAGAUUUAUCUAGACGUAAAUUCUGACAAGAGAAAACAACACUCCAUUGUGACAUUUGCGAACUGGGACAUGGCUUACAAUGUUGUCACUUGAAACUUAAUGCUUAGUCCACCAAACCUGUGCCAACCAAACCUAUCCUUCCAUGCCACACACAUGCUGCACUUUGCCCUCACAAACGUGAAAUCCCAUGAAAUUCAGAUUGAAGGAAAUUAUAUUUACAUUAGAAUGGAAUAUCUGUAUGUAACAUGUAUAUUAAAUUUAAUUGUAUAAUCUCAAUCAAGAACAUAAAAUAACUGCCAAUCAGUUGAGAGCAAUAAAACAGAAAAAUGCCAAUACACACAGAUGGAGAAAAAGUUGUUAAUUUUAUUAAAAUUGUUUUAUUUUUACUACUUAAUUUAUAAUACAGAAUUAUGAUGGUGGAUUAUUGAAAAAUGGUCUUAAGGCAGAAAUCUGAAUAUUAAUAAUUGGAACAUCGUGCAAUAA